CCUUCAUGUUUCUCGCUAGUCGAUCGUCUUGCUACAUGCUAUACCGAGAAUUAGGUUGGAAGGAAAGAGUAUACAUCAAAGAAAAUAUUGAGUUCCAAUAAAAUUUAUUAAACAUCGAAUAGUGAAAAAUUAACGUCAUAAAACAUGUCAGAUCCAGAACUUGAAGCAAUACGACAACAACGAUUAGCUCAGUUGCAGUCACAAUAUAAGAGUAAUAAUGUAGAGAAUAAACAAGCAAUGGAGGAAAAAAUGCAUCAAAUGGAAGACAUGAAGAAUUCCAUCCUCACCCAAGUAUUAAGUCAAUCAGCUAGAGCAAGAUUAAACACAUUAAGUCUUGGAAAACCUGAAAAAGGAAAGAUGAUAGAAGAUAUGAUAUUAAACAUGGCUCAACGAGGUCAGUUACCUGCUAAAUUAGGGGAAAAAGAACUUAUCAAUUUACUUGAAAGUGUAAAUCAACAAACACAACGAAAAACUGUUGUGAAGUUUGACAGACGAAGAGCAGCAUUAGAUUCUGAUGAUGAUGAUUUAUAGCAUAUACAUAUAUUUAUAUACGGUUUGACAAACAGCAACAUAAAUUUCUCUGUUUAAUUUUUGAACAGGUAUUAACGUUACAAUACAAUUGUACGCUUAAUUAGUCGUAUGUUUUUAUUUUUUACGAUAUAUUGAAAUAAAAAAUUGAAGUCAA